AUGUCCUGGGACGGUCAAGACCGCUAUGGCAGAGGUAGCCCACCAAGGGACGAGCGUAGGCGAGACUCAAGAUACGGAGAACCCACGUAUGGGAGCUACGAAGACUCUGUGCGUGAUUGGGAAGAGCAGGAACGUCUCCGUCAAUGGGACGAGUACGAACGCGCUCGCAUGGACUGGGAACGACGAGUAAACGAGUAUAAAGGCGGAGAUGGCCACCGUAAUGGAUACUACAGCGGUGGAAAGCGACCUCGUUCCCCUUCUCCGUACGAACGAGACGCGCGACCGCGUCGAGAUAGCUAUGAUCAAUAUGGACGUGGAGGACGAUCGCGCUAUGAAGAUGGGAGACGCUCACCAAGACGUCGUUACUCUCCCGAUAACCGAUACAGAAGAGAUUCUAAUCUUCCGAAUCCGAUGGAUCAAGACAAACUCGUACCCUACCGCUCAUUUCUCGAGUGGUAUCGUGAUGCCGCACCAGACCGCUUCUUCGAAGACGAGGCUGUAACAAGAGAUAAUCCGUCAGAUCGUAAAGUGGGUCUCAAAGCGCGCUACGACGAGUUUAGAGCAGACUUUCAAGCAAAGCAGGUUCACACAUUAUUUGAAAAGCAUCACAAGGCAGCCUGGUUUUUGGAAAAGUACGACCCAAGCGAAAAAUAUGCCGACCUUCGCUUCCGCGUCCGCAAACAGGGAUGGAACGGCGCAUUGGACCAGUUCAUAUCAGAACUCGAAGAUGGCAAAUUCGAUUACAUCUUCAACGUGGGGAGUUCGAACCCAAAUGAGCUCAAACCUGAUGUAAAACCAAGCGAGGCUACGUCCUCGGCUGAGAAGCCCGUGAAAACGGAAGACGAUGAGGAUGACGGAGACGACGACGCGGAAGGGAAAGAAGGCGACGGCGACGAUGUGAUUAUUCCUCACAAGGGUCACCAGGUUAUGAUCAAGAGCAUCCCUCCGGAGAUUGGUCGCCUUGAGCUCGAGCCUCUCGUCGAUAAACUGAGUGGUGUUGCAUCAUUGGCCCUUGGCGAGCCAGUCGCAAGAAGAAACUAUUAUCGCUCAGCAUGGAUCGAAUUUGAUACUGAGCAAGCAGCUCGAGACGCAAUGGAAUUUCUCUCCGGUCAGGAGGUUGACAACUUCAAACUUCGCGUCACUAUGAUUCGCUCUCCCCUCAUCGCCAAGAUUAAGCGCACUUCCGUACUCGUCAGCAGCGAGCGGCGACUCGAAGAGGACUUGCAUACUAUUAAGCGCUUGGUGGCACUCCUUGAGAAAGAGAGCCACAUGCUCGCCAACUACAAGCCACUAUCACAAAGGUCGACAGAUGAUACUGGAGGCGACGUGAAAAUGGAGAGCCCUGUCAAAGAGAGCACCGGCGAUGAUGAACAGACGAUCCAUAGAGGAGCAAAAGCGGUCGAAGCUCGGCUUGAGAGGCUGCUCCCACCUCCAGACAGUGAAGAAGCCAAAUCCCAGCGACUUUCCAUGACUGUCGACCUGUAUCUUGCAUACCUCCGCUCUGCAUUCUUCUGUUGCUAUUACUGCGCCGUCAUCGCAGACCGAGCAGAUGAACUCCAGCGGAAGUGUGUAUCGCACAUCAGGACUCCGUUCAAUGAGCGUGAGAUGACCGAGAUUAUGCGCAACCAAAAGCGAUCUGAUCGGGAGGACCACUGGUUCCUCUUGCAUGACGAAAAAAUCGAGGCGCUUGUCGAUCGGGAUUCAGUUGACCCUACACGCUUCGGAGGCAAAAACGUUGAAAAGGAACUCGAAACCAAACUCAAGGAUCAGAUCCGCCAAGAAGAUGAAAAUCGGUUCCGAUGCGUGACUUGCGGCAAAAUGUUUAAGAGCACAGGCUAUGUUUGCAAACAUAUCUUGAACAAACAUCCAGAACUCAUUGGCGAGGAGUUUAUGAACCAUCUUCGUAUUUACAAUAAUUUCGCACUUGAUCCACAUCGUAUCCAAAUGCCACCCAGAGCUCCGACAGGGGCACCUGGACGAAAUGGACGGGAUGGUGGACGAGAAGAUGGACGUCAUAAACGAAGAGCAACAAUUGAUACCUCGGAGAAUGCACGACGAAAAAGUCCUCCACCUGACGCAAAGAUUGACCCCCGUGCCGGCCAACGGAUAACGUACCAAGAUCUGGACGAGGUUGCUGGUGGAGAAGAUGUAGCACUGAUGUACUGA